UUACUGCUGGAUUAAGUCAUAAAAAUUCGCGAUGUAUUGUCGGUGUGAUAAAUUAUAGAUUAUAAUGAGACCAGUCCGUAUUUUAAUCCUCUUUACAACGCAAGUUCAAACGAAUCUUCCUUCGGAUUUAAAUACACACGAUUUAAAUCAAAUACUAUACCAGGUACACGAAUGUGUACCCAAUAAUUCGGAUAUAGAGCUUUAAGGAUAACAAUAUGGCCACCCUUAGCAACCAGUGCGCGUGCUCGAACGAGGCCGUGUUUAUUACAGUAGCGGUUUAAGGUUUCGCGUGAAGUGAAUUAUCAAAGUUUUUCACAGUUUUAGUGUUAAACAAAACGUGGCGUUAAAAGUAAAUAUAGGAAACACAAGUCUGUAAUUUAACACCGUGUUAAAUGAUUAGAUAUCGGAGUCGGUGUAUGAAACAGGCGCAUUAAGCGCUGAAAAGAUGCUGCACUUUUUGUUGGCGUGGAAGUCAACUGGCGCUUAAUUUUAUUUCUAAGUUUAAUAAACGAACUAUUAGUUAAAGGAUCUAAGAUUUCAAAGCAAGAAUUUAAAAUGGAAGGGGCCGAUUGGGCCCCUAUAGUACAUCGUGUUUUAGCCGGAAAUGUGGACCCUAAUGAACUUCCGGAAAUUCCAAAUAGGGUUGUCCGGGUAUAUCUCAGCUCUACUGGUAUUGAUUCGCAGACGGAGCGCAAUGCCUUCGUAGAGCGAGUGUACCCGCCAAUGAGAGAGUACUGUCGGCAAAAGUAUGGCGUCGAGUUUCAGAUGGUGGAUCUUGAGUGGGGCAUGCCGCCCCAUGGUCACGGGGCCGACCCAUUGGGCAGCGAGUUCCGCUUCCGAGAGCUGGCCAAAUGUCAGAGACUUUCGGCGGGUCCAAACUUCGUGGCCUUUAUUGGGCAGAAAUACGGCAAUCGACCUUUGCCCCGCGUGAUUCCCGCAGCGGAAUACGAGACUCUCAUGGUGACCUUGAAAGGUCACAGAAGUCGCGAGACCAAGUCCGCCUCGCUCCUGGACGAGUGGUACACCAGGGACGACAACUCUGUACCGCCCACUUACCUCUUGGCAAGCCUCAAAGAAAAAUUUCCAGACUACUUCAGUGAGGACGCCAAGGAGUGCGAAGAGGUCAUGGGCCAGUGGCAGGCAGCGGAGAAAGAGUUGCGACGUCUGCUGCAGAGGGCUGCGGAAAUUGCCUACCUCGAGGGCAACAUAGACCAGGAGUCGAAACAGAAAUACACAUCAUCUACUCACGACAUCAGCAUCCAGCGAGCAAUUGAUGAAACGGACAACCCACAGAAGAGAUGCGUCCUCUUGGCCAGAACAAUUGUUGACCUGAAAAACUACGUCGACGACACAAAGGCGGCUGACUUCGCUGAGAUAUCUACAAACGAGAAAACUGAUCUUCUAGAGCUAGACGAAACGUGUGCAAAUAAACUUUCGCAGGUAGCGAAUACGUAUAAAAGCGCAGUGUCCAAUCCGAACUGUUUUCAUUAUGACGUAUUGUGGCGGUACGAUGACGUCAUUCAUCCGAAAUUACACGCGCCUUACCUGAAAAAGCUGUGCGACGAUUUUCACAGCGCACUCAAAAGACUAGUUGACGAAACUGUUUCCAAGACAAAGUUCGAUGUCGAUCCUGAUAUCUACGAAGAAGUUCUGCAACACUGGUUGUGCUGCAAACGAAAAGCAGCAGCGUUCUAUGGUCAAGAUAAACUUGUAAGUGAGGUGAAGAAGUACCUUGCAGCACCGACGUCUAAACCCUUGGUGGUGUACGGCGAAUCCGGUUCAGGAAAAUCGACACUUCUUUCCAAAAUGGCGACAGAGGUCAUCUCUAACUCAGUCGGGAAGACUAUCUGCGCAGUGCGCUACAUUGGCUACACAUCCAAGAGUUCAGAUAUCAAACAGGUGCUGAUGACAUUGUGCCAUCAACUGCUGCACACGCUCGGACGAUCACACGCCGACAUGCCUUACGACUGCAAAGACCUCCAGAGGUAUUUUCACGAUGUCCUCAAUUCUGUGCAGAGGGAUUUAAACGUCGUCAUCUUUCUGGACUCUAUUGACAAGCUCAUUCCAGAAUAUAACGCACACAGUAUGUCCUGGUUGCCAACUAAAUUGAACGCGAACAUCAAGAUUAUCAUUUCAACGCAUCCGACGCGGCAUUCCAUCCUUGAUCGGCUUAAGACUGAAAUUGUGAAAGAUUUGAGCUACAUGCUGGGAGUUACUCAAAUGACUCAAGAAAAUGCGAACGGUCUUAUGCAAUACACGCUUAGUUUGUACAGCCGCAAAAUUACCUCCCUUCAACGCCAUGUGUUCAGUAGUAAAUUCAAUUCUUGCUCUUUGGCAAUGUUUAUCCAGCUCGUAACCCACCGAGCAAAGUUGCUGUCUUCCUUCGAGAGAAUUGACGAAGGUGAUCUUCCCUUCAAUAUACACGACACCAUACAAACAUUGUUCACCGCACUUGAAACAAGGCAUGGUCGUGUGUUGGUGGAAAGGUCGUUGAGUUAUCUGGUUGCCUCGGUGACAGGGUUAAGUGAUUGCGAAAUGGAGGAUCUCUUGUCACUGGAUGACGAUGUCCUGAAUUCAGUUUAUGUCACCUAUCACCCGCCAGUGCGACGGAUCCCGUUUGCCAAAUGGUUGGCCUUAAAGGGCGAUAUUGAAGCGUUCUUGACUCAUAAGGAAUCGGACGGAGUCACCGUUUCUUUGUGGUGCCACGGGGAGUUCGAACUCGCUGUAAAGAAACGAUACCUUUCAUCUGAGACGGUUUUAAAAGAAAUCCAUUCAAUGCUCGCCGAUUACUUUCUUGGCACUUGGGCGAAUACAAAGAAACCCGUCAAAAGUCCGGAAACAGCCGGAAACUUAAUCUUGCCGCCUUGCGGUAGUAAAGUCGAUCGUUUGGUCGCUAGCCAGCCGCUUUCCUUCACUGGUCUGGACGGGACAGUAAGGUUCAACAAACGAAAAUAUGAUCAGGUCCCAAGGCAUUUGUUCCUUGCAGGACGUUUGGAAGAACUCAAUGGUCUGGUUUUAUUCAACUACGAAUGGCUCUAUAAUAAGAUGAAAGCUCUUUCGUUGACCCAUAUAUUGGCUGAUUUUGUCCUCAACCCAGGUGAAGAGGCGACGCUAGUUGAAGAGGCUUUGAGGAUGGCGGAACAGACCAUACAUGCUGAUAUCAAUAACCUUGCUCCAGAAUUAGCCGGCCAUUUGCUUCCGUACUACAAGAGUCAUCAUAAUAUUCGCGCGUUGGUUAAGCAGUGCGACACGGCUGGUUUGAAGCAUUGUGCGAUGAUUCCAAACUUUCCAUACAUGCAAGUGCCAGGCAGCUCCCUCCAGCAUACGCUCACUGGACCAUUUUGCGGGGAUGUUUAUAGACUAGCGGGAGGUGACCGAUACCUGCUUAUGAAGGUGAAAGAUAAUUCAAACGUGUACAGGUUUGACGUUGCAACCGGGGAAGAGAAAGGAAGCGUAUUUGCCUCCAAUGGAGAUCUGUACGUGACCCCCGAUAGCAAGUAUUUUGUAAUCGUCGACCACUUGACAGAAAAAGCUAUUAAGGUUCAUAAGUCGGAAACGGGAGAAUUUGUUGGCCAGUUGAUCGUCAUGAACCACAUUGAACUGAAAGUAAAAGAGAAGUACAAGCUAGCAUCGAUCAGCUUAACUAACGAGCGGCUUACCGUAAUUGUCACGACUGAAACUAGUUUCCUUUGCAUUGCCGAUCUGGUUGCGUGCGAAUUCUUGCAGAUAAUCAGCUUAGACGGGAAAUGUGACGUUAGUGAAAUAGCGCCAAACGGUCGACACCUUUUCUGCAACUCCAAUGAAUUUAUUCUUUGCUACGAUUUGUACUCCUUAGAACAUAUCUGUACUGUCCCGGCGGGUCACAAACCGUCGUGUCUCGCGUUUACCGUUGACGGGCUGCGUGCAUACGUUUCCAGCCCGAACGAGGCUAAACUAUUGGUUCUGCACGUCCAUCGAGGUACCGUCGAAUUGGCAUACAAAAGUCCGUUAGAUGAUGACCUAGGUGAUGACAAAAUAGUAGAUUUGAAGAUCUCUCCCAAGGAUGACAAACUUUUGAUCAGAGGCUUAGACAAUAUUCUGGUAUAUGACCGCUUUUCCGAGAAGGUGACUGUAAGCUUAGAAAGACCCGCCGACGUGCCAAACGAAUUCCGAUUGCCAAAGAGUCACUACGACGACUUGCAUUACACGAAUGCAGAUUUCUCACGAGAUGGUGCUUUUGUGCUUGCGACAAUCUUCAGAAACCUUUAUAUUUGGAAUUCCUCUACCGGCGAAAAGAUUUCUAAUAUACAGGCACCCGUCGGAAUCAUAGCUGAAAUGCUGAUUUCCAAACAUAAAAAUCAGGUCGUUACACAUAUCAGAGGCUCGAAGGACAUACAAGUAUGGAAUAUCGAUGCGACGGCCAACCAGGUCAACAUGCUGGACAAACUGACAAGUGAGGUUUUAGAAAUGAAGCUCACGGCAGAUAAUUCCACCGCGUAUGUUCGCUGUAAGAAAAGCGACGAACUUGGAGUGAUCGAUAUGCACAAUGGAGUGAUGUUAGAUCUUCUUACUCACGAUUCGCCCGUACAAGAUUUUGCUUGCACUCCCGACGGCCAGUACGUUCUGAUAUCGAGUAAGCCAAGGAAGAAAAACGCCGCUGUCAAGAUAUGGGACAUGGAUGAACGGAAAGUUGUAAAGGAAUUUGGCAACACAACCGGGUACAGCCUAGGUGCAAGGUCAGCGCAGUCUAUAGUGUACGUUGCCCAAGAGGAACAUGGCUUCAAGGCUCCAUAUUAUAUCACGAAGUUCAGUUUCAUGUCAGAUGGGUUUCGAGAGAGCACGCAUCCUCUGUCAUUAAAGUACAUCCUCGAUCGACCGUUUCUAACGCACGACGACGAAAACAUGGUGGUACUGACUGCCCAGGAUUACCUCGAAAGAACCGGUGAGUUCGAUACCCCCACCAUAUGUACGUUUUCCCUUAACGAGGACCACAAGGUUUCAUAUUACACACCGGAGAGUUUCCAAGAGGUGGUCAACAUUGACACAAUCAAACAAGUCGUACCAAGUACGAGCGGGCGCGACCUCGUCAUUGUUCUCUUUUCAACGUUUCCGUCCGACGGGCCUAGCAACGGUCACGUGCAAGAUGAAGCAUCCCAGCUCGGAUUGUUGGUGCUCGAUAUAAGCUCGGGAGCUAUUAUCACCGUCUGUGACCACUUUAUGAGUCCCGGAACUUCCAUGCGCUCUCUUGUCUUCUCGGAUGUAAACUUUUGCAUAGAUAGCGAGUACAACAUCUUCGAUAUCGGCAAUGGCCGGCUCGCUGGUCAGCUGGAGAAUCCGGGCGUUCCACCUUCAGCAAUCGUCCUCAACGGAGGGGCAGUGGUUUACUUCAAAGGCAGUCACGUGUCCGUUAUUAGUUUGCGAACUGGCACUCACAUUGCCAAAUGUGACGUGCACUCUUCGAUUUCAAACAUUACCGUAUGUUCAGAUCAAAGAACCCUGCUCGUUGGAUGUCACGACGGAACCGUAGUCUCCUAUAUCGUAAUCGAUCCCGAUUUCGAUGAUGUCUCGGAUAUUGUGGCCGGCAUUGGGAGCCGCGCGAUUUCUGACGUCCCCACAAGGGUUCGAUCGUCUCGGACUUGGGACAAAGUAGAUGACAGCGUUUGUCCCAACUAUUCUCGACCACCGUCCGCGCUGUGUACCGGGCCAAAAGAAAAGGUGCUUUUAAAACAGGUUCAGCCGGCACCGAAGGUGCGACCGAACUCAGAGACCCUGUUUUACCUGAACGAGAGAUCGAAAUCGUGCGUCGUGCAAUAGGCUUGCAUUCAGGUAGAUGUGUACAUUUCCAUAGGUACCUGGUUAUAUAUGUCAAGGUCUUAAACUUUGUCCAGUAGUUAAACAUAAGAAGUCCGAAAUCGGCGAAAAUUGUUUGCUGUUCUGUGCGGUCAUUCGACUCAAGAUUGUUACACUGCAUUCCGCGUGUUUCAAUGUGUACGCCCUAAUAGGGUAGCCAAUAGCUUGUUCAUUCCGUUUUCUUGUUCGAUGUCGUAUUAAUCUAAUUCAAGCAAAGAUAAAAAAUCAAUUAUUGUAUUUAAAUAUACAAUUGUAAUUUUAAAAAAUGCGAGGCAAUUUUAUCGUACAUAAGAUUGAAAUAUCUAAAAGACAGUACCGACUGUAUUCAUUUUUAUGGUAAAACAUUGACCCGUGUUGUGCAUUUUAUAAUAAACAUUUUAGUAUGCUUGUUAUCGAUUGCAUUACCUGCGUGAAAUAUAAUUUUUAAAUCGCGUCCUGAAAUCUUGUUCUUAUAAUACUAUACGUUAACGCAUUAAGACUUACCAUGGAGAAGAGCUCGCGAAGAGUUGUAUGGCACGAUGUUGUUUACUUGCCUAUUCUUUACAAUACAGAUUAUCAUAUCGCUAUUUACUAUUAUUUUUUAUUGAAAUAUACUAGUGUUCAUAUUGGCUUGCUUUAGACAAACGUUCACAAAUUACUUUGUGUGCUUUUGUUUUCAUCCGUUAUAUAACAUCAAAUAUUUUGGAGUAAAUAAUCGACGUCUUAACUAGUUAAUAUACGACGGACAUGACAUUGCUGAAUGAGAGAGUACUAUUGUUUCCUCUAAAUAUGUAUUUAUUUAUUUUAUUUAAAAGAAAACUUGAUUGUCAUUUGUGACACUUUUAUGUUGUUAAAUUGUUACUUAAGGCUAUUGUUUAUUGACUUUUUAUAACAACGUGAUGCUAUAAUUUGCAUUUAUUUAUGUGAUUUUUUUGCGUUGUGUUUUCUUUGUUAGUGCUGAAAUCGCAUUUUUAAGGCACAGCUUGCAUUUUUAUCUCUUAUAUUAUUUUUUAUGUCACUUAUAUUAUUAUUAUACUAUAAUACGACGAACAUGACAUUGCUGAAUGAGAGAGUACUAUUGUUUCCUCUAAAUAUUUAUUUUAUUUAUUUUAUUUAAAAGAAAACUUGAUUGUCAUUUGUGACACUUUUAUGUUGUUAAAUUGUUACUUAAGGAAAUUGUUUAUUGACUUUUUAAAACAACGUGAUGCUAUAAUUUGCAUUUAUUUAUGUGAUUUUUUUGCGUUGUGUUUUCUUUGUGAGUGCUGAAAUCGCAUUUUUUAGGCACAGCUAGCAUUUUUAUCACUUAUAUUAUUUUUUCUGUCACUUAUAUUAUUCGUUUUACAUUUAAAUUAGGUAUUAUUCCUAUUUUUGAAGUCAGAAACGUUUGUUGAUGUAAAUUUUAAAUGUUGAGUUUCCUUUUAUAUAAAGAAUUUAUUAAACCAUUCUUUGUACAAAAGAAUGUAUGUAUGUCAAGGGGCGCAACUAUUGCCGACAUACAGACAACACUUUUUCACGCAGUCGUUUACCCAAGUUAAACUUAGUCACUUCCCUUGCGUAGUCACGAAUGAUGUCUCUUUUUCCAAUCCGGUGACUUGUAUUAUUUUAAAUCGAACUUAUAAUACUGACCUUCUAAUAAUCAACCAAUGAAUAUUUGGGAAAGCAUACAAUAUGUAUGCUAUUAAGUCUUAAAAUGGGUCAAUGUCAAGAAACAGACUUUACAAAUUGCUUUAUUUUUUGUUCUUAUUUGGUCGGUAAUACUCUCAAAUGAUUUUGUGUGCUGAAUAACAUUCAACAGUUUUAACAUUUUUGAUUAUUUAAGUGCUCAUCGCAAACAGGUGUAAUGUCUUGUCUUUUUUAAUGAAAUAUUUUAUUUAUGUCUAAAUUUUACUUUAAAAUCGUACGGAUUUUCAUUCUUUAUCCGACGAUCACAACUUUAAAUUGAUCUUUUUUUCGUAAGUGCAUUGUAACAUGAGGUCAUGUAUAGACCAGUUCAUUGUUAUUGUUUUGAUUCCCGAUUUUCGCGCAUGCGCAAUGCACUGGUAGUCAAAAAGCAUUGCUUACAGCUAACGCAAAGCAUAUGGAUAACGAGACUUGUUUAGUCAAUACAUCGAAAAGAAACUUAAUAAACAACACCUAAAUAAUAUUUAAAAAAUAUAAUGUUCAGUGCCAAAAGAAUGCAUUAACACAUUUAUGUGCAUUUUAAAAGAACGCGUCAUUAGCAUAAAAGUAAUUAAGAUUGUCUGAAGACUGAACGACAGACAAUUCGACGCAACAAAGAGCUCUAUGCAUUAGCCGUAUAAUUAUUUGCAGAAAAGCUUCAAUAAAAAUAAUGUUACAUCGAAUUAUAAAAUUAUAAUUAUCAAUUGCAUGCGUAAACUAGAAUAAUAAAAAAUUAGUGAUAGCUAGAAUGUGUCAGUGUUUCAUUGAAAAUAAACGUACUACAAAGCCCUAUUAAAAGCGAAGUUCACGAAGGUAUUUACAUGUAAUUUUAAUUUGGAUGGGUGUUGUUCAGAGAAUGACUUGAGGAAUAUUAACAUUUAACUGAAAAACACAACCUCACAUGAUGCAAAUUGAACUGUGUAUUCAUGUAUUUUGUAAACUCGUUACUAGUGAUCGAGUAUGAGUGACAACUAUCUAACAUUUAACACACACAUUGUUUCAUUAUUAUUUACCCCCAUUGAUGUCAAACGUUAUUUCUUGUUUUUAUGAUGUAUUUCGUGCAUUGCCGUAACAUUACAUUUUCAUACUGAAUGACGUAUUUAUAAUUAACCGAUGCCCGCUAAAUACGUAAAAUAUUUUGUAUUUACAUUUUAUAAUUCAUAAAUACCUUAUUUUUUUAUAAAUAAAACGGGCCUUUUUCUUUACCGUGUUCAAUUUCUGAUAAUCUAUAGACUUCAAAUUUGUACAAUUAUUAUGUAACAUAUCUAAUUUAAGCAACUGUUAAGUAUGUCGGUGGUAAAUUUAUUCAACCAAAUGCCUAGUUACUUAAUACUACCAGAAUGAAGACAUGGUGGCAUCAUCAAUUGCGUUUAAUGACCAGACUGUCAUCUGCCACCUAGUGUGAUUUAUGACACCAUGUUGUUAGUUAGGUCUGGACAAUAUCUGAUCAAAACGAGAUAAUCGGAUUAGGCAGAACAAAGGGGCAAUAAAACACCGGUAUACAAAGGCUUAAACGAUUUUAAGAUUGAUGCAAACAAUCAAAUGAAAACUAUUGCAUUUAAUUUAAUUAAAUGUUUAUUUAAUGUGUCAACAUGUUAGUUUUCCCGGACCAGGGUAAAGGUACCUGCCCAGACAUUAUGGUUAAUUUGUAAAUGUUUUUUAUUUGGAUUUGAUCUAUUUAUUCAUUGUGUUCAAUCUUAUUUGUUUCAGUAACGUAGAACAACUUGUUGGCAUGUUGAAAAAUAAAAUCUAAAUAUAAUCGUUUAAAUUUAACCGAUCACGCUCUAUUUCUCCCCAUUGAUUGUAUUUUUCUUUUGACUACCAAUAUAGCCCGGAUGUAAACACGCAGGUGCGCGUGACGUCACGCGUGAACUGGUCUAUACGGUAAUGGGAUUUUAGUUGUUAAAAUAAAUAGUCGCGCAAAGAGAAACAAUCGUGUGUGUUUGAUACAUGUAGUUUGCGUACUGGACACAAUGUGCUGCGUGUUAGUUGUCACCACAGUUAGAUUUUUAUCAUUAUCUGCAUUACGUAAUAGCUCUCGAUAAGCGGUAUUGUUCUAAAUGUACGUAAUAGCUCUCGAUAAGCGGUAUUGUUCUGAAUGAGUGUUGAUAAGAUCCUACUGAUUGUUAAUUUUGAAUGCGCAUGACCCUAAAUUUUAGACAAAUAACAAUUAGUCUGCUGUUACACAUAAAACAAAUAACGGUAUUUCUAUUAGCUUCACUUGUUGUUGUUUAUUGUUCAUAACCAUGUGAAAAAUCACACAAACGAAUCAAAUUAGUCUGAAAAUUCGUGUUCAUUUCAUUUUAUAACAUAUAAUAAAUGAACCAUUUUGUUAGAAGUUUUAUGAAUAUAUAAAUUUAACGUGUUGCACGCGAUCCUCAGUCGCAUAGUAAAUAUGAAUGGCUUAGAAAAAAGUCACUGGAAAAUGCAUUUAUUGAGGGUUAUACUUUUUCACAAUAAGGUGAGAUAAUUCUAAGGGAAAUAACCUUGUUUUGGGAAGCGCCUUUUUCAACAACAAAAAAAACUGCAAAUAAUUUAAUUAUUAAGGAACUAACGUACACAUCAAACCAUUUUGUAUAGCAAGGAACCACAGACCAAUUUAACCAUCAUAUAAAAAAAAAUAACGCAGUUUUGACACAUCUGCUUUUUAACAAUAUCGUGUUUGAUGCCGAAUAUUAUAACAAAUACAAAUAGAUAGAUAUGCGCUGACGUUGUGGCUUCGAUUGCUGUGUGUGAACUGUAAAUACAAUGUUUAAUGUAUUAUUUUUUACGUUAAAUUUUCUAUUUCAUCUACAUCUUUUAUGCAUUUUAUGAAGUUUUUAUUUGUUAUUUAAUAUAUAUUUCAUACACACAAUUUGCAAUUUCAUGUUCAGUUCUCCAAUCGCAUUUAGUUAUUUCAUUGGAAUAGUUCACUUUUAUGUUAUAUUUGUCUGUGAUAUUUUCACUGUGAUAGCCUUGUUAAUUAUGUUCACUUGUGUAUACACUGAAUUUUUAUGUAGUUAUAUUAAAGAGAUUUAACUAUGAAUCACAUUAAAUAUACGGAAUACAA